AUGGAGUGUCCGCACCUCGGCUCCAGCGUCUGCAUCGCCCCCGACUCGGCCAAGUUCCCGCAGGGCUCGCCCUCCUCGUGGUGCUGCAGCGUGUGCCGGUCAAAUAAAAGUCCAUGGGUCUGUCUGACGUGUUCAAGUGUCCACUGUGGAAGAUAUGUGAAUGGCCAUGCAAAAAAGCAUUACGAAGAUGCACAGAUUCCUAUGACCAACCAUAAGAAAACAGAAAAACAAGAGAAAGUGCAGCAUACAGUGUGUAUGGAUUGCAGUAGUUACAGCACAUACUGUUAUCGUUGCGAUGAUUUCGUCGUCAAUGACACCAAGCUGGGCCUGGUACAGAAAGUCAGGGAGCAUCUGCAGAACUUGGAAAAUUCAGCCUUUACAUCAGACAGACAUAGGAAAAGAAAACUAUUGGAAAACUCAUCUCUGAACAGCAAGUUAUUAAAAGUAAAUGGAAGCACCACUGCCCUUUGUGCCACCGGCCUCCGCAACCUGGGGAACACGUGUUUCAUGAAUGCCAUCCUCCAGUCGCUCAGUAACAUUCAGCAGUUUUGCUGUUACUUCAAAGAGUUGCCUGCUGUGGAGCUGCGGAAUGGGAAGACAGCGGGCAGGCGAACUUACCACACCAGGAGCCAGGGGGAUAACAAUGUUUCUUUGGUGGAAGAAUUCAGAAAGACGCUGUGUGCUUUAUGGCAAGGAAGCCAAACUGCAUUUAGUCCAGAGUCUUUAUUUUAUGUUGUUUGGAAAAUCAUGCCAAAUUUUAGGGGCUACCAGCAGCAGGAUGCCCAUGAGUUCAUGCGCUACCUUCUGGACCACCUGCACCUGGAGCUGCAGGGGGGCUUCAACGGCGUCUCCCGGUCCGUCAUCCUGCAGGAGAACUCGAGCCUGUCCGCGAGCAACAAAUGCUGCAUAAAUGGAGCUUCUACUGUUGUCACAGCAAUUUUUGGAGGCAUUCUUCAAAAUGAAGUCAACUGCUUAAUAUGUGGGACUGAAUCUAGAAAGUUUGACCCAUUCCUAGACCUUUCACUAGAUAUUCCAAGUCAGUUCAGAAAUAAACGUACUAAAAAUCAAGAAAAUGGACCAAUGUGCACACUACGAGACUGUCUUCGCAGUUUUACAGACCUGGAAGAACUUGAUGAGACAGAGCUCUAUAUGUGCCAUAAAUGCAAAAAGAAACAGAAAUCCACCAAAAAAUUCUGGAUUCAGAAACUACCAAAGGUGCUAUGCUUACACUUGAAGCGAUUUCACUGGACAGCAUAUCUAAGAAACAAGGUUGAUACAUACGUUGAGUUUCCAUUACGAGGCCUGGACAUGAAAUGCUACUUACUAGAGCCAGAAAACAGCGGCCCAGAAAGCUGCCUGUACGACCUUGCAGCCGUGGUUGUGCAUCAUGGUUCAGGUGUCGGCUCUGGACAUUACACGGCCUACGCGACGCACGAGGGGCGCUGGUUCCACUUCAACGACAGUACUGUAACGCUGACCGACGAGGAGACCGUGGUGAAGGCCAAGGCCUACAUCCUCUUCUACGUGGACCGGCAAGCCAAGCCUGGAUCAGAUAAACUUUAAUACCUCCUCCUAAUUCUCACUUAUCAAGUCCACGGGACAAAACAUUUCCAUUUCUCCAUAAAUACUUGAUCCAAGACUAUUAAUUUCAUUGUGCACUUUUCAAUUUCCUCUUGUGGGUUUUAGUUUUGUUGUGUCGAUGGUAGCAUUUGACUUACUGAACUUGGACACAAACUAACUUUUUUUUUUUUUAGUUAUACCAGAAAACCUCAGCAGAUUUUGAUUUGCUGCUUUAGUUGUGAUAACUCAAUUUUUAUAUAUAUAGUUUAAUGAAAUAGUUAUUUGACUUUUUUAUAUUAAUGUUUUCAGUUCUCACUUUUUAAAGGCACAUUUACAUCAGAGAAGCUUUCUGUCCUCUUUGCAAGAAAGAUUAAAUGUGCUCCUGAUUWCCAAGAGCAAUACAACCUCAUGCUGCUCUCACAGCUGUUAUGUAGAUAGGAUUUAAUCUCUUUAAAUCAAGGAAUUAUUUGCACCUGGCAUUUUCCCCUGUGCACAAAUCCUAACAGUGACCUCUGAGCAAUCAUUUAUUAUCUGCGAAAGAGAUGAGACAGCAUCAUUAAAUAGCCCAGGUCAUUGCUGCUAUCGGUGUAUAUUCAGGCUGCUGACUUUCAGGAAUCAUUGUAAAUAAAUAGUUGGUUCAG